AGAUUAAACAACAACCAACAACCAUCAACAAUGUCUACAGCUGCUAAACCAAAGACCACCAAGACCGCCAAGACCACAAAGACUGCGACCAAGAAGACCACCAAGACGGCCGCCAAGAAGAGCACCUUGCCCUCCUACCAGGACAUGAUCACUGCUGCCAUCGAGCACUAUGCCGAUCGCACUGGUUCUUCGAUCCCCGCCAUCAAGAAGUUCAUCGAGGCCAACUACCCAGUCGGCGAGAGCUUCGAGACUCACUUCAAGGUGCAAUUAAAGCGUCUCGCUGAGAAGGGUACCUUUGUCAAGGUCAAGGCCAGCUACAAGCUCCCACCAAAGAGACCAAGCAAGAAGGCUGCCACCACCACCACUGCCGCUGCCCCCAAGACAAAGAAGGCCACCACCAAGAAGACUGCCACCAAGAAGACCACUGCCGCCGCUGCUGCCCCAGCUUCAGACGACGAUCACGAGGCUGCUGAGGUUGCCAAGCCAACUCCCCCAUCGCCAAAGAAGGCUGCUCCAAAGAAGCCCGCUGCUGCCACCAAGAAGGCUGCACCAAAGAAGCCAGCUGCCAAGCCUGCUCCAAGAACCACCAAGAGGACCAGCAGCAAGAAUGCCGCC